AUGCCGUUCUGGGCUGCAGGCUUGUACGCGGGAAAGUGGAAUUUUAGCCAGGGAUGGUGUGACGUUUCCGCAACAAUGCUACUUACUUUGGGCUGGGCCUCCAUGUUAAAUGUGGGUUUAAUUGCCCUGAACAGAUACGUAAAAGUCGUAAAGCGAGCCUUGUACAGUGUGCUUUUCCCCAGCAAAAGAGUUGCUUGGUUGUACUGUGGUGUGGUCUGGUUGGUUUCUGUUUUAAUCGCCACGCCUCCGUUGUACGGAUGGGGAAAACUGAAGUUCGACUCGGAUUCCUUUCUUUGUAUCGUUAACUGGAAGGAAGGACACUUUUCCUUCGUCAUAAUGAUUUCUGGGGUCUUUAAUGUAAUAACAUGUGUGAUAUUUUACUCCUACUGGAAAAUUUACCAAAAAGUGAAAGAAAGCACAACUAAGAUUAACGCAAAUGUCGCGCAAAACGGUGUAGGCGCACCGAGGCUUGAUCGUACUGAUAUCAAACUUUUUAAGGCUUGUUUCACGGUGGCUUGCUUAUUCUUAUUGACAUGGGGUCCUCCGUGUAUAGUUGGUUUUACAACUGCUGCUGGAGGGUAUGCUCCACCAGAUGCACAUAAGGUAGCUACAUAUCUGCUUUUCUCCUGUAGUAUCGUAAAUCCAAUCAUUUAUGGGAUUGUAAAUCCACAGUUUAAAGAGGCCUUCAAGAAGGCACUAUGUUGUGGUUGUCACGGCAGUCAUAAUGCAGAUCAGAACCAAGCCAGAAUUGUAGAGGAAGUAAUCCGUACUUUUUAA